CUCAUAAGCUCCUCUCUCAGUUUAAAAUAUACCUGCAGAUUUUAAAUAGAAAAACAUGCCUUAUCAACUAUCAUCCUGUAUUUGCAUAUCCAGUGCAAUUUCGGUUCCAACAAUUGCAAGUCACAGCAGUUACAAGUCAGCUGAAAGAGCUCAGAGAUCAGUUGAUCAUGUCACCAAAAUUCCCAGGAGUGUCAACAUGGAGAGUCUGCAGAGUGGAUAUUUGUUUCCUGAGAUAUUCAAGAGAGAGACUGAAUAUGCAAUGAGGAACCCACAUACAAGGUUGUUAAGACUUGGUAUUGGUGACACUACAGAGCCAAUACCAAACAUCAUAGCUUCUGCUAUGGCUGAGCAAGCAUUGGCUCUUUCAACGGUGCAGGGCUAUAGAGGUUAUGGACUUGAGCAAGGCAAUAGGGAUCUAAGGAUGGCAAUAGCAGAAACAUUUUACCAAGAUAUGCAAGUGCAAGAAAAUGAGAUUUUUGUAUCUGAUGGUGCACAAUGUGAUAUUUCACGCGUUCAGAUGCUUCUGGGACCUAGUUUAUCAGUAGCUGUUCAGGAUCCAACUUUUCCGGCAUACCUAGAUUCCAAUGUCAUUCUUGGUAGGGCUGGCAAGUUCCAAGUAGAAACUGAAAAGUACAAAAAAAUUGUGUACAUGAAGUGUGGACCUGAGAAUAAUUUCUUUCCAGACUUGUCAACUACUCCAAGGGUUGAUGUGAUUUUCUUUUGUUCUCCAAACAAUCCAACUGGUAGUGCAGCAUCUAGGCAGCAACUAAAGCAGCUUGUGGAGUUUGCAAAAGCAAAUGGAUCUAUGAUUAUAUAUGACUCUGCUUACUCUGCUUACAUAUCAGAUGAAAGCCCAAGAUCAAUCUAUGAAAUUCCUGGAGCCAGAGAGGUAGCAAUUGAAAUUUCAUCGUUUUCCAAAUUUGCUGGUUUUACUGGUGUCCGCCUUGGCUGGACGGUUGUCCCUGAAGAACUGCGGUAUGCUAAUGGUUAUUCUGUACUAAAGGAUUAUGACCGCAUUGUGUGCACCUCCUUCAAUGGUGCAUCAAAUAUUGUUCAAGCUGGUGGACUUGCUUGCCUUUCUCCUGAAGGAUUUAAGGCACUAAAAUCUACCAUCAACCACUACAUGGAAAAUGCCAAAAUAUUGGUUGACACGUUUGAGUCACUUGGUCUGAAGGUGUAUGGUGGCAGAAAUGCCCCCUAUAUAUGGGUGCAUUUUCCAGGUUUGAGUUCAUGGGAUGUGUUCAAUGAAUUUCUUGAGAGAGCAGCCAUAGUCAUUAUCCCGGGUACAGGAUUUGGUCCUGGAGGAAAGGAGUAUGUUAGAGUAAGUGCAUUUGGUCACAGGGAAUGUAUGUUGGAAGCUUCAAGGAGAAUCAGAAAACUUCUUUGAAUAUGUAUUUUAUCCAUUGUUGGCCAUAAAUUAAGUAUGGCCAAACAAGAAAAGAAAUUAAGUAGUGUAGUAGUAUUCUAAAAAGGUUAAAAAUGAGAUAUAAUAAACAAAUUUAUAGUUCAAUUGUUGCAACUUACAUGUAUUGUGAAAAAUUUGAA